UCUGCCCUGUUGAGUGUAAUAGCAGGCUCAGUGGGCAUGCUCUACGUCCUCAUUAGCCACGUGACUAGUGACUAGCACAUUACUAGGACAGCUGAAGGCUUUGAAUUGUUGCCCACUUCAGCCUUUUCUCUUUUUUCCUAGUUUGUUUAUUAGUUUUAUUAUGGAAUUUUUAUUCCUCCCAAAGGAGAAUACUCCAGCAUUUUCUAACUAAGCUACAUAAAAAUAUGCUUUUGCAAUGGCUCCUAAGUGGAAAUUUAAAAAAAAUAAAAAAAGAUGAAGUACUUGGUAGUCAGCAUGUUCCUUAGUUAAAAUUUUGCUGGGUGACAUUCUAAUUGGUUUCACCAACAUCUUUUUGAAGUGCCAGGGUGUGACACUACCAGAAAUCAAAGCAUUCUGGAUCCUGAGCCAGAAGACUACAGAGUAAGAGCUUUUAAAAUCUCAAAAAAGCUCCGUAUUGGUUUAGUCUAUCAGUGACGAUCUGGAUUCCACUCAAUUGAAAAGCAGAGUCCCUUAGUCUGAGUGCCCAGCAUGCUCCCUGGUAACUACAAUACCAGGUUUGUUGCUUAUUGGCUUGACAUUUCCCCCAGAUUAUGCUUGAAUUUUGAAAUUAAAUGUUCUAUCAUUACAUGAUUAAUUUUGUACAAGUGGACCCAAGUUAGGGGCAGAGAAAAGAACAAGAUGGCUAAUACUAUCUAAUGCAGCUCUUAGAAUAUGUGAUUCAUUCAGAAGGUGGAGAUAGAGGAUCAGGAACUAUGUCAGUAAGGCACAAGCUGGCAGGGAUCAGAGAGGCAAACAGGUUUAGAAAGCCAUUGUUGGUUGGAUUGGAAAGAGCGUAGGUUUCUGUGAACUAUGAGUAAGGAAAGGAGAAAAUAUAUGGAUUUGUAAGAUCAAAUCUUUUAGUUUCUGAAGGGAUCCUUUGAAAAAGAAUGACUGCAGAUCAUAUUUAGGAUGUUUUCUUCACUAUUAAUGUUCAGAGAGUUGGGCCUGCCUAACACAGCAGAGUCCCUGAGUCCAACCCCAGCACUUGGGCGUGGGGGUUACCUUUGUAGAUUUCUGUGGUGUUCUGAGUAUUGCUCCACUGUUGAAUAUCACAGUAGUUUUCCAUUUGCUGUACUUCAGAGUACGCUGCAGUGCCUCUCCACACCGCACAUUUUAAAGCUUUUCUUAUAUUGGAGCAUCCAAGGAAUAAGAUAUUUUACCACUGUGCCCAGAGAAUGUGAACAUUUUAUUGGCCUUGAUAUGUGCUUUCCCAAAAUUGACAUGGUAAUGCAUGUCAACUGGUUUGAGCUGGAAUGCUAGUCUUGUUACUGUAUUGUCAGCCCUGGUAGUUUGCAGAUUUUCUUUUGUAUUAUUAGUAUACCAGUAUUCUUCAUCCAGUUUAUCCACCUUACUGCUAUAUUUUAUGAACAUACUAUGUUGUAUUUCUGAGUAACUCCACAUAGCUCUAGAACCAUGUGCCCCAAUGCCUUCUUUUCCUAGAGCUCUGGGUCCUAUGCAGUGGAGAUUGUGUCGUUUUCAAUACAAGGUACCACUGAUGGCUCCAGUCCAACCUCAGCGCUUUGUUACCACUGACGGCUAAAUGGAGAUCAUGCACAAAGUGGUCCAUUUAUGUGGAGAGACAUGUAAUUCGGGUCAGGAUUUCUGCUCUGACUUCUAAUUAGCUUUUUUUUCCUCUCUCAGUUGUUUCUAGUGCCCAGUGUUGCCCUUACUGAUAACAUGUUUUAGAGGUAAUAGGUUGUGAAGUGUCUGGGGAGUAGAACAUGAUUUAUGUGAAAAUUAGUUGAAUUUUUCUUGAAUAUUCUUUUUCUAAACAGAAUUCUGAAAUUGCACAAAGCCCUCCAGCAUGUUAGCAAACAGUAGAGGGAAAAUUAAGUUUCUUUGAAUCUUGUUACUAGUUUGUAUUUCUACAAAAACUGAACAGAAAAUGGAGGGAGGUUGUAGUAGCAACAGUGCCAGAAAAUAUUUCACCUGGAUGGAGUCAAGGUUUCUUAUUUCUCUAUUUCUAAAUAGCAGAUAAGACUAGAAAAGUAGAAGAGCCCAAGGCAGUAAUCCUGAAGGAAUGAAUGAGAUGUUUUGUGCCCAUAAUAACAAACUAAGGAGUGUGUUGUUUGGUGACUUGGCUAAUAUUAAAGCCAAACUGAGUUUGUUACUUUAGACAUGUCGGCUAUAGGAGAUGAGAAGCUACUAGUCUAAUUUUUUGUUGUUGUUUGUUAAAAUAGGUAGGCCUAGCUGAAUUGCACAAUUGCUUUUCAAGAUUUUCACACUCAACACAAUUUAAUUAAUAGCUUCUGUUUUCUGUUUUACUUUGCAUCCAUCCUUCCUUACUAUAUCUAAGACACAUAACGUGUGUUGAAAUUGAUAUAAAUUGUUAUAAUGACUUGGCAGCCUAGUGAGAAAGCCAAGGCCACAGGCACUCUGAGCUGCCUAGGGAGGCCCAUAGCCAUUCAUCUCAGACUCUCCAUCGCCACCUAAGGCAAGGCCUUACCUCAGGGUUGCACGGUGCCUGGCGUCUCUGCCUUAACUGUCUCCCUUGCUGUAUGUAUCACAGUCAGUCUCAGGCAGCCCCGGGGUCCGGGCGCACGCCCACGAGGCUGAAGCUGGCUCUGCGCACUUCACAGUCCGGGCGGCCCGCUGGCAGGGAGGGUGCGGGCAGGCGGGGCGGCCAGGGUUGGAGGGAGGGGCCGCGCCCCAUGUUCGGCUGGUGACUGCGCCUUCCGCCCCGGCUCGCCUAGGCUCCCGGGAUGCGCGGAGGUGGAGGCGGCGAUGGCGACGAUUCCUCUAGCCGGGCAGCAUUCAGGCCGCUGGGCGCAGCUGGGGUCGCGGCUGCAACAUGGAGGAGGAAGGGCUGCGCUGCGGUCAGCGGGCAGGCUUAUCUUCCUUGGCCUCUUUUGGCACAUGCCCAUCGUCUGUGAGUUGAGGUCCUGACUCUCUUCCUGUUGAACACAAGAGACACCUCUCUCUGAAGAUGAACUCGAGCGCCCCCCUUCGGAACGCUGCCAAUGUUACCUUGCCGUACACGCCUCCCUCGCAGGGAGGAGGCAAUGGCACUUCUCUCCAGGAGGAUCUUCGAGACUUCAUCCACACGGCCACCUUGGUGACUUGCACUUUCCUGCUUGCCGUGGUCUUCUGUCUGGGCUCCUACGGCAACUUUAUUGUCUUCUUGUCUUUCUUUGACCCCGCCUUCAGGAAGUUCAGAACCAACUUUGAUUUCAUGAUCUUAAACCUGUCUUUCUGUGAUCUCUUCAUCUGCGGGAUUACGGCUCCCAUGUUCACUUUUGUGCUGUUCUUCAGCUCAGCCAGGAGCAUCCCGGAAACAUUCUGCUUCACCUUCCACCUUACCAGCUCAGGCUUCAUCAUCAUGUCCCUCAAGAUGGUGGCUGCGAUCGCCCUGCACCGGCUCCGAAUGGUGCUAGGGAAACAACCUAAUUGCACGGCCUCCUUUUCCUGCAUCUUGCUCCUCACCCUGCUUCUCUGGGCCACCAGUUUUACCCUUGCCACCUUGGCUACGUUGAGAACCAGUAAGUCUCACCUUUGUCUCCCCAUGUCCAGUCUGAUGGCCGGGGAAGGGAAAGCCAUUCUGUCUCUGUAUGUUGUUGACUUUACCUUCUGUGUUGCUGUGGUGUCUGUCUCUUACAUCCUGAUUGCUCAGACACUUCGGAAGAAUGCUCAAGUCAAAAAGUGCCCCCCUGUGAUCACAGUCGAUGCUUCUAAACCACAGCCAUUCGUGGGGGCAGCUGUGAAGGGAGGUGGAGAUCCUACGCAGUGCACGGUGCCGGCUCUGUACCGGAACCAGAAUUACAACAAGCUGCAGCACGCUCAGACUCAUGGGUACACUAAGAAUCCCAGCCAGAUGCAGAUUCCUUCAGCCAAUCGACUCCAGCUGGUAUCAGCCAUCAACCUUUCUACUGCCAAGGACUCCAAAGCCGUGGUCACCUGUGUGAUCAUAGUGUUGUCUGUCCUGGCGUGCUGUCUUCCUCUGGGGAUUUCCCUGCUCCAGGUGGUUCUGUCUGACAACGGGAGCUUCAUCCUAUACCAGUUUGAACUGUUCGGAUUUACUCUGAUAUUUUUCAAGUCCGGAUUAAAUCCCUUUAUAUAUUCUCGGAACAGUGCGGGGCUGAGACGAAAAGUGCUCUGGUGUCUCCAGAACAUUGGCCUGGGCUUUCUCUGCUGCAAACAGAAGACGCGACUUCGAGCCGUGGGCAAAGGGAACCUUGAAAUCAACAGAAACAAAUCUUCCCAUCACGAGACAAACUCCGCCUACAUGCUGUCUCCAAAGCCACAGAAGAAAUUUGUGGACCAGGCUUGCGGCCCAAGUCACUCAAAGGAAAGUGUGGCAAGUCCCAAAGUGUCCGCCGGACACCAGCACUGCGGCCAGAGCAGCUCAACCCCCAUCAACACCCGGAUUGAACCUUACUACAGCAUCUAUAACAGCAGCCCCUCCCAGGAGGAGAGCAGUCUGGGGAAGUUACAGACGGUCAACUCUUUCGGGUUUGCCAGUUCGUACAUCGCCAUGCACUACUACACAACGAACGACCUGAUGCAGGAGUACGACAGCACAUCGGCCAAACAGAUUCCCAUCCCCUCUGUCUAAUCACAAGGCUGGGGAAGAGGGCGGUGCUUUUCCAAGACCGAACAAGCCUUGGGAAGAUGUUGAGGCCAGUGGCAAAGCAAAACUUGAAGAGUUGGCUGGAGAGUUGACCGUUAGAUUUUCUUUUGUCUGAGAUGUUAGCAUCUGGAUUUGCUUCGUGGUUUCCUGACAUUUUACGAGUUGAUGUAAAAGCUUGUUUCCAUUUUUGCCCCCAUGUGUAUCCCAGUCUUUUGUACUGAACUACUAAGAAGACGCCAGGAACAGUCCUGUGAUGGCAGCCUUUCUUUCAGUCAGUGUUAUGGGUCCUGAAAUACGGAUGGCCGCAUCUUUAAAGGUGUCUGGAAAAUGGUCUUUCCAACGUGUUGUUUUUAUAAACAUAUGGAAUUUGACUCUUUGAAGUACUGAAAUAGAAAACAGGAGGCUUUUUUUUUUUGGUGGCAAGUUGAUUUAAAUAAAAAGCUUAUUGUUAAGGCAGAGACUAGAAAUGUGUUACUUGUACCGCUGUCCUUAUAGGAAGCUCUCAGCCAGUGUGAGGCCCUCCCCUUAUAACAACACAGAGUUGGAAUUCUUGUCACUUCUUAACUGUACCACAUUAUUAUUUUGUGUCAACUGAGUAGCUAGCUUUACAAAGUGUUUUUGAUAGUUAGCAGUUAAUUGCUGUUUCAGAAGGAUCUUAACUGGGAAUCCACUACGGAGCACUGUUCUGAGAGAGCAGACACGAUGUGUCUCAGCAGUUUGUCUGUGGGAGGCAGUGUAUCCAUACAUUUAAUACUAACUACCCUUAUUUAACAAGACGUAGGGAUACACUUGUGGAAGGGGGGUGACGUAGGCUUUCCUUCUGUUCGAGGAGAAUUUAGUAGAGAGCCACCUGACAGUGUUCAUAUAGAUAUUCAACAAUAACCUUUCGGGUUUAAAUAUUGCUAUGGAAAAAAAUUUCAAGGUGAUCUAUUAAUAUUUUCAGAUGGAGGUUUUCAAGUUUUUCCUUAUUCUAUUUGGGGCUGGAGAUUGAGCCUAGGUCCUUGUGCAUGUUAGGCAACUAGUCUAUCACUGAAGUACACCCCUUACCCCAAACUAAUUGUUUGAUAUUCUCUCAUUAACCUUAAACUGGAAAUGAGCAACAAUGUUAUUCCUACACCUCAGACUAGUUUUCUUAGGUCCACUGAUGCCUAGGAGAACAACUGUGAAAUCACAUUUUUAAUGUAAAAACAUUUUGGUCAUGCAGUUAGAAUUUGAACUCACUAACUUUGGAUUUUGGAAUGCUAACUGUUAGACCCAAAACAGAGUAUCUUUACAAACUGUUAUAUCCAACUAGUAUUCUCAAAGCUCAGCAGUGCAAGGAACAGAAAGCCCUCAAAUCAGAACACUCUCUCCCGGGCUCUGCCCAAACUCCAAGAUGGCAGGAGGUGCUGAGAGGUGGAGUAGCUCCUGAGCCAGAGCAAGCCUAGCUAGAGCUAGCGGCUCCAGCCACAGUCAGCUCAGGGCUCACCUAGAGCUGGUCUGCCUACUUUCCCUUCUCUUCCCCCCUUUCUCUACUUUUCUACCAAGGUUUAUAGCAUAUCCACUCUCCUUUAUCUUGGUAUCUAGAUUCUCUUUGGAAAUCACUCUUCCCUGUGGCAACUGUGUUUUAUAGAUUCAGCACAACAUGGUUCCCACUAAUAUUCCCCUGAGGCAGAUUCAGCAAAGAACUAAAAUAUCGAAGACAUCUAAUAUCCUCUCCCAAAAUCAUUCGGAGAAUUUUGGCAAAUUACCAAUUAGACGUUUUUCUUUUCUUUUCGGACAGGGUUUCUUUGUAUAGCUUUGGCUGUCCUGGAAUUAGCUCUUUAGACCAGGCUGGCCUGAACUUGGAGAUCCUUCUGUCUCUGCCUCCCAAAUGCUGAGAUUAAAGGCUUGUUCCACCACCACCCAGCACCAAUUAGACUUUUGUCUUAAUUGAAAACUUAGCAUUAAGUCCAAUAAAGCAAGCAAAUUUGUAAUAAUACCAAUGCACACUUUUAAAGGUAUAUAUCUUUGGGGCUUGGGAGAUGGCUCAGAGGUUAAGACUCCUUGUUCUUCCAGGGCACCCAGGUUCAGUUCUCGGCACCAACACAGUGGUAUAGCCACCUGUAAUUCCAGUUCUCUGGGACCCGACCCCUUCUCCUGACUGCCAUGGGCACCACAUACAUAUGAUGCACAGACGUAAAUGCAGACAAAACACUCAAACACAUUAAAAUAAAAUUAAAUCUUAAAAAUAUUUUAAAAAUUAUGUUCAUAAAAAAGGUAUUAUCUCUUUUGAGGGAGCAGGCGUUUAAAAUGUGACUUAACAAAAGACUAUAAAAAUUACUACUUGUAAAUUUUUAAAUGCUAGGUUUCCUUGUGUGACCUUUAUGUUUGAAAUGAUUUGACCAGCAUGGGGCCCAUUUUUAAGAAGUAAAACUUACACAACAAAGAAGACAGAGCAUGCACACAGAGAGUGUUCAGUUUCUUUAUGUUCAUCAAGAAAUUAUUUAGUUUGCAUGCAAUAGGUAGUGGGCUAGAUUCCUGGCUCCCCUCCUAUCUUUAGAGAGAUAAAACUUGUUUCUUCCUAAGCUCCAUAUGUCUGUCUGUACCAGUAUAAUGGUCAUAUUGACAUAGGCAGACAUAUAUAACUUGUCACCUCAUAAGGGCUAAAAAAUAUUAUAAGUCAAAGUAAUGAGAAUUCAGUUGAAUAUGAUUAAUUUGCAGGAUACAUUAAUUUUUCUCUUGAAGCUUACUGUGUGCAAAUUAUAUAUCUCUAAAAUGUUUUAUAAUAAGUGUUCUCAUGUUAACCAUUAGGCCAGAUUUCUAUUUCUGAUGUUUUAAUGUGCUUUUAAAAUAAGUUUGGAAAAUAAAAAUACUGCAAAUCCUAA